AGUGCCUUAGCUUAACCCCUUAGUAUUCUACCAAAAAAGCUGCGUUCAUUGUGCUCAACGUGAACAAGGCUGGAAGACGGCUCAGUGAUGGAGUUUCCAGAGGGCUUUAACCAGCUCGACCUGCUGGAGUCUCAUGGCCACAUGAUCCCAGUGGGGACGAAGAGUGGCUGGGAUGAAGAUGAAGAUGAUGAGGAUGAGGAGGAAAGCUGCCACACUGAGGAGUGGUAUCAGCAGCAAGAGCUCAAAUUACAAGAAACCCCCAAUGAACUGAUAUUAUGGGCUGCUGAGAGGAAUAGAUUGGCCACUGUAGAACAUCUAAUUGCGUCGGACCCCACCCUUGCUAAUUGUCGCGAUAGUGACGGUUACACCCCUUUACACCGUGCUGCCUAUGGUGGCCAUUUUGCUGUGGUUUCAGCCCUUUUGGACGCUGGAGCAGAUCUUCACGCAAGAACAACUGAUGAUUGGACACCUUUACAUAGCGCCUGUCGCUGGGGUCACACCACAGUGGCUUCCUGUCUUUUGCGUCGGGGAGCAGAUGUCAAUGCCAUGACAAUGGGCCGACUCACACCACUGCAACUGGCGGCAGGAAAUGCCGCAGCGGAUCAGACGAUUGAGCUAUUGUUGGCACAGCGCACCCUACAGGCAGGACUGAAAAAUAGUGCAGGAGAGACCGCUUUUGACAUCGCACACCGCACAAGUGCACAUCACAUGCUGUUUGAGAUGGCAGAGCCUUGUAAUAACAUAUACUGACUCAUAUAUAUGUUCAGCGUUCAACUUCAACAUCAAGCUUAGAAAUGUAUUUCACAUUGUAAAUGUGAUGUUAUGUUUUCAUAUGCUUUCAGCGUGAAGGUUCACAACAAUAUGUAAUUAUAGUCAUUGUCCAGUUAAGCAUGUUGUGUGCAUCUAAGCAUGUGCUGUAUUUUGAGAAUGUUAUCUGUGAUUUCAAACUGGCUUGUACAAUUGCAGCUCUCGAAUUCUGAAGAUGGCACAAUGUUCCCUGUUGGCAUUAUUCAUGAAUUAUUAUUUAAUAGCUGACUGUUUGUUUGUAAUAAUGACACAUUUGCAUGGAGGAGCAGCACCAUGACAACGCAAAAUGGAGUGUAUGAAUGUAUGCAGCACUCAUCUCCACUAGUGUCUUAAAAAAACUCUUAAUUGAAAUUAAAGCUGUCUUGGCUUCACCAGGUUAGCCGACAAAUAACUUGGACAUGAACUUUUUAAAAAACAAAACAUCAAGAUUUAAUGUAUGUGCAUGUAAAUAUGUGUAGGGGAGAGUGGAGUUAUAUGUCAUGUUGAUGUGUUGUCCCUUAAAGGAAUAUACCAGUUUCAAUACAAGUUAAUCUCAAUCAACAGCAUCUGUGGCAUAAUGUUGAUAGGUUUAACCCUUGUGCUGUGUUCAUUUAACCGGCCCACUAAGAUUGUUUAUAAAUCUCUAAUAUUGCAUAUAUUAUCACAAGAUAUUGCUUUAGACUGUUUAAUCAACUUUUUUUUUUUUUUGUAAUUACGACAGGUUUUUUAAAUACAUUUUAAAAUAAAUUUUUAAUGAUAUAAGGAUUUUAUUGAACUGAGCUCGGGCUUGUGUCAGGCACUCCCUG